AUGGAGAGCGAUGAGGUUAAACAAACAUGGAAACAGAAACUACUAUUUUAUACUACAGCUUUCUUCGUGCUGCUCGGCAUCUUCAGCUUGUUCUCGUUUUUAUUCCUCGUGCCUUUUGUCAUCGAUCCGGCUUUCACCACCAUAUUCAUGGAGUUCGACGAAGAGCCCGCUCAAUGUGUGACCUUGAGAACGGACAGACGCCUCGGCGCUUCUAACUGCAGCUGGACCUCCUGCAGGGAGGGCUGCACCAAGGACAUCUACGACUGCACGCAAAUCUUCGUCAACUAUAGAAUACCGUCUAGCAACGUUACCAUCGAGCCGCAGCGGGAGAAGAGGUCCCUCCUGGACGACUACGAUUACGACGCCACGCUCGAGGAUGAUCUUCAAUGGUCCUUCAGGGAAGCGAGGCUCUUGCCGAACGUCAAAGGCUGCGGCUACCCUCCUAUGCUCAACUGUUCCAUCUUCUUGAAAACGUACAAGGAAAUUGGAACGAACUUCUCGUGCUACUAUAGCAAAAUAGACCCGAGCAUGGUGAUCAGCCACCUGAGCAUGUGGCAGGUCUACAUGAACCUGGUGUAUGCCUUGGCCAUACCGAUCCCUUCGUUCAUUUUAUCGGUAGUGUACUUGGCGAUCGCGUACUUCAAGAUCUACAAUGAGGACGAGGAGGCAGCCCCGUUGGAGAAGAACGCCGAAGACAUCGACUUCGCGGGGGGAAACGGUGCUGGAGACACCCCCUUGCCUCCGGCUAGCGGGGGGUUGACUCCGGCUAGUGAGGCUUUCAGAGAGGACCUGGCCAGCUUCGGGCACCAUUUCAAGGUCGCCAUGGUGGAUGAUAUCAGUCGGGACAGUCUCGUGGAUGGGGUGGUUGGUUCCGUCUCGGUUGGAGGGAAUAUCGGGAAAACCAUGACGACCAGUAUCUCCACAACAGGAGGCCCAGUGGCCGAUAUUUGA